UCUCCUGGGCUACUUUUGCCCUCUCCAUCUCCAUCGGUCUUCACCGGUGAAAAGAGCAAUGUCGUAGGGUGUAGGAGCCUGUCCUGUUUGACCCUGCGAGCAUCUAUCUGCGCAUCACCCAACUUAGUGAAAAAGAAACCCUUGCUGUUGACAAAGAAAGUACUUCCUUGAUCAGCUCCUGAACACCCUGGAACACUUUCUUGAUUUGUCGUGUCCCGAAAAACAGCAGGGAUGGAGCUGAAUUUUAUCCCGGGGUGCUUUACACUCCCAUCAAAGAGAGGCCCAGGUCUGAGGUCCCAGCCACUCUGAAAGAGAGGCUGGUGGGAGGGGAAGCCACUGGAUGCCAGUCAGUCUAGGUGCUCAGGUGCAUCUGUUCAGGUAGAUGGUGCUGCAGUCUCUGUCCACACUGCUUCUGAUAGUUGAUCUUCAAGUAGAAAUGCUCACCGUGGCUCUUGGUUGGUUCUUUAACAUUCCACAUUGUUGGGACUACAAGGGACUCGCACCGAGACACACUUUCCACCCUGGAGACUGAGGUCAAACCUCUCUGUCAACUUUUGCUACAGGGCAGUGCAAGCCUGAUGAAGUCCUCCGAUAUCGAUCAGGAUUUAUUUACAGACAGCUACUGCAAGGUGUGCAGCGCACAGCUGAUAUCCGAGUCCCAGCGGGUGGCCCAUUAUGAGAGUCGAAAACAUGCCAGCAAAGUCCGGCUGUAUUACAUGCUUCACCCCAGGGAUGGUGGGUGUCCUGCCAAGAGGCUCCGAGCAGAAAAUGGAAGCGAUGCUGACAUGGUGGAUAAGAAUAAAUGCUGUACACUCUGUAACAUGUCCUUUACCUCAGCCGUGGUGGCCGACUCACAUUACCAAGGCAAAAUCCACGCCAAAAGGUUAAAACUGUUGCUAGGAGAGAAACCUCCACUGAAAACCACAGCCGCUCCUCUGAGCUCACUUAAGGCUCCUCGAGUGGAUACGGCCCCCGUGGUCGCAUCUCCCUAUCAAAGAAGAGACUCAGACAGGUACUGUGGUCUCUGUGCAGCCUGGUUUAACAAUCCUCUGAUGGCCCAGCAGCAUUAUGAAGGCAAGAAACACAAAAAGAACGCAGCCCGCGUUGCCUUGCUAGAGCAGCUUGGAACAUCUCUGGAUCUGGGGGAACUGAGAGGUCUGAGACGUACUUACAGAUGUACCACGUGCAGUGUGUCGCUCAACUCCAUAGAACAAUAUCAUGCACAUCUGCAAGGAUCAAAGCAUCAGACCAACCUGAAGAAUAAGUAGUGACAGCAUCUAUCAAGAGCUAAGAAGAGACUCCCGAAUUUCUCUGUGGUAGAGAACUGCUCACCAACCAAAAGAGGAUCCUUUCUCGAGCAAUGAACAUUUCUUACAAGGAUUCACAGAUUAACACGUGACCAGUAUUGAUUUUUGAAAGUAAAUAAGAUUUCCUUUUCUUCUUCUCAUUUAGUGGCAAAUUAUCCUUGGAUUUAGAAGAAUCCUUUUCUGAUAACAUGUUUAGCACAAGUUCUAAACUGCAAUCACACACACAGCAGCUAGUCAGAGCAUUAUUCAAACUUACAACGAGUGGAAAAUUUAAUUUCCAAUUCAUUCUAGAUUUCCGUAGAGUUACAAUGAUUCUGUGAGACCCUUCAUGAUUAUCAUGUAAGCCUCCUAGAUCCAUUAACAAAUAUACUUUUGUCAUCAUGGGGAACAUAGUUGGUGACGACAACCACAAGAACAGAAUAAAUUGUGGUCUGUAGAAGUUAUAUAACAAAUAGAAUACCAGUCCUUCCUGCUUCACACCUAUGAGCCAGCCUUGCCUCUAAAUGCCAGAAGCAUGAAAGCAGGUGGGAACACAGAGGAAGGACCUUCACUCUGGAUCACCUUGAUGGAAAGCUUCACAAGACGAAGCCAAGUUAUCCUUGCAAGCUGCCAGAUCAUAGCUUAGGAAAAGAACUAGUUUGAUUGCAUGAUGAUCCUAUUAAGUAAAAAUGUCUUCACAGCGGUUGACCUUGAUGGAGUGCUUUUCUAAAGGUAUCCAGAGGAGAAUUGUAAACCCCGGAGUGAGAUGGAAGUAAUUCUUAGCAAGUUGGCCUGGAUUGUGGGCUUUAAUUUGGGGCAGUAAUGAUUUGGUGCGUGUCGAGGGAGGGAAGAGAAUGAUUAAAUCCUGAAGAAGUUUCCUUCUUCUGUUUCUCUUCCAACGUGUUGCCGAGAUGGGGAUUGAGUGACUUUGAACAGAACUCCUCUGGGAAGAGGAUGGACCAGAGAACUGAUGGUCUUUAAAGGGAUCAAGUCUGAGUGCAGCUGUGAAAUUCCCUCUCCAGGGAAUCACUGCUCUGCAUUGUGUUGGGAAGUGGUGUCUUGCAGACACUGCAAGGUAGACACAGAACUUCCUUUCCUGGGCUCUCAGCUGGCUGGAGCAGCCCUUGACACCUUGUGACCACCAAGCUACCGAGUAACGUCAGACUUUUCCAGACAUCAGCGCUUUCCACAGAGAUCUGAGGUCGUGGACAGCCAGUGAGCAAUAAACGAAACGACACGGAAACGCACAGUGUUGUUCUUAAGGUGCCUGUUUUGUUGUGUGAGGAGGUCACGGUCCUUAGGGACCAGACCCGUGGCUACAAAGAGGAAGGUCACACACAUCGUGUACAGUCAUGCUGCAGGUGGGAAGCACGAGGGGUGUGGUGACAACAAUUUUAUUUUGCUAUUUUAGAAAGAAGCACACAACAGAGCUACAGCCCUCCCGUGAUGGCUUUUCUUCGAAUAUGUGGAAUAAAGCUUUAUUUGUCAAUUCUGCUGUAAAAUAAGCAUAGUCUGAGGUUUUAGUUUUUGUUUUUAAAAUCUUUCUCUGUUUCUGUUUAGUGCCUGAGCUCUCUCCCUGAAGUGUUGUGUUUAUUUUUGUUUUUAAUGGCCUAAGAUAGAAAAGCCUAUGAACAUAGAUCUCCUUUGCGUUACAGUGACGCUUUGCCAAGUCCUUUAUGGCUAAGCCUCCAGCUACAAUAAUCAGAUUAUUUCAGAGUGCCUCAUCGAAAUACCAUUGCUCUUUGGCAAGCUGCCACAGACACCCACCAGACAUUUUCUUGGUUUGAUUGUUCUCAAGUGUAUUCAUGCCCAUGCAGAUAAGGGGAAUGUCAUCCCAGCAUGCUGUGAGGAUCACUUGGCCAGACUACUAUGUGCAAGAAGGCUCAACAUGCCACUGUGUUCUGGGGACUAUCAAACAGACACACCUUUCCUCCAGAAACUGGGCUGUUCACUUUUGCUUUAGUGUGGCUGUAUGUUCAAUUAAGUCUUAUGCUACUUUCCAGUUUUAUUAUGACUGGAUGGGAGUUGGGUGUAGGGCAAAUGUUUUUCAGGGGCCCUUGAAUUCUGAUGGGAAGAAAAGAGACAAACCUGUCUGUGUCCCUGUCUCCUGACCAGUCCAUGUGGAGCACCCCUGAGAGAGAGAGAGAGAGAGAGAGAGAGAGAGAGAGAGAGAGAGAGAGAGAGCAAUGUGAUUACAAUAAACUUGGGGUUAGUUCUAUAACAUUUGAGGAGAACAUGGAGAAAACUCAUCUAUGAGAGAGGAGAGCUGUCCAUACGACUGUGUCUAAAGUAACGUGGCUAUUCCAGAGUUCAGAGAGAUGUCAGCUAACCACAUUAAGUUUUCUGGCCAUAAUGAGGAAAACUCAACACCUGUCGGCCUCCUGUUAAACCGAGAUAUCUCUGUUUAAUGGAACAGUCACUACCAGUUGAUCUAGGCAUCUCCCUGUUUCUCUCCCUUCUCUUAUCAUUCCACGAUAUAGUCUCCAGGAUGUAACAUGCAUUGCCCAUGUGGUCUACCACUGAAUGCCAUGCUUAGGUGUGAUUCCUCAGAACACUAGAUUACCCCUUAGUCCUGGCCAUACCAUUUGAAUUUGCUCUACAAAACCUUCUUCCUGUUCAGUACGGAUAUGAGCUUGAGGCUAGCAACCUGUGUCAGUGGCCACAAAUACCAUGAUAGUAAGAUCCAAAUUAAUGAGCUCUCCUUAUAGACAGUCUCCACAGUCCAGUGAACUAAGAAAUACAGUCAUAAAGCGAUCCGCUAAGCAGCAAGUGCUGCGGCCAUUCCUUCUGCUGAUAAAGUAGCCAUAAAACUCUCAUCUAUUGCUGCUGGACUGAAAGACCAAUGGGAUUUGUUCUUUCUGGCCCCUUAGAUGACAGAGACGCAUAAACUGGAACUGCAAGGAUCUUUGCACUGUCUGUUGGAGUGAGUUUAAUUAGGCCAACUGUAUCAAAAAGAAAACAAACAAACAAACAAUGGGACCCACUUAUAAUGCUGUCACUCCUGCGGAACUCCCCAUCUAGAGAGGCCACCUCCCUGUCAAAGCUGAGUGAGGCAUUUUUGACAAGGCAGUGGGAAUACAGGACACUAAACCCCAAUAAGAGACCGUGAGGUUGUAAAGACAGUCCCCACUAAAUAUCUGUCCUUCUCUUGAACAGCUUGUCCAGUGAAUUAUUUUUCUUUUGUAAGAAUAAAACUAAGAAAAGUCUGUCUGUGCAACAUAUUAUUGUAGGGAUGGAUUUUUCUCCCCUGCCCCCUUCUGGUUUUGAAUUUGUUCAUAUUCAAGGCAUGUUAAACUACCUCAUAGGUUUGUUGUGUGGAUUAGCUGAUUAAUAAAU